AUGGAGACCGGUACAAGCGUUAGCAACAACAGCGGAAGCAGCAGAAACGAGAGCUAUGAAGCAAUCAAGAAUGGAUCAUGGUUUAAUCAGUUCCGUAACGGCUGUAACCCCUGGAUGGCUAGAUAUGUAUAUGGUCUGAUAUUCCUCAUAGCGAAUCUACUAGCUUGGGCUGCUCGUGAUUAUGGUCGGCGUGCCUUAAAAGAAGUGACAAAAUUCAAGAAUUGUAAAGGAGGAGAAAACUGUUUAGGGACGGAAGGAGUCUUGAGGGUUAGCUUGGGAUGUUUUUUGUUCUAUUUCGUUAUGUUUCUAUCAACACUUGGUGCGUCGAAAACGCAUUCAUCAAGAGAUAAAUGGCAUUCUGGAUGGUGGUCUGCUAAGCUUAUCAUGUGGCCUGCUCUAACCAUCAUUCCUUUCUUGCUUCCUUCCACCAUUAUUCAACUUUACGGAGAGAUUGCCCAUUUUGGUGCAGGGGUAUUUCUAUUGAUACAGCUAAUUAGUGUGAUCAGUUUCAUUACAUGGCUCAACGAAUGGUACCAGUCACAAAAAGAUGCAGAAAGAUGCCAUGUCUAUGUGAUGCUAGUAGCAACUACCUCAUACACAGUGUGUAUAGUUGGGGUGAUUUUGAUGUACAUAUGGUACGCGCCAGAUUCUACAUGUCUUCUCAAUAUAUUCUUCAUAACUUGGACUUUGUUCCUCAUCCAGCUCAUGACAAGCAUCGCUCUACAUCCUAAAGUGAAUGCUGGUUACUUGACUCCUGCUCUUAUGGGACUCUAUGUUGUGUUUAUUUGCUGGUGCGCCAUUCGAAGUGAACCAGUAGGCGAAAGUUGCAACAGAAAAGCAGCAGCUUCAAACAGAACGGACUGGCUUACAAUUAUUGUAAACUCUCUCAACCUCUUAACACUUCCUUUCUUCUGCUUCACGCAAAAGCCAUAUGCUGAUUAUCGGAAUAACAUUGUGCAGAGCUUUGUGGUAGCGUUACUAGCAAUGGUGAUUGCCACAUUUUCGACAGGAAUAGACUCUCAAUGUUUCCAAUCCAAGAAAGAUGCGAACAGUCAAGGAGAAGAAGAAGGAGAAGAACAGGAAGAUGAUGUUCCUUAUGGAUAUGGAUUCUUCCAUUUUGUAUUUGCCACAGGAGCAAUGUACUUCGCUAUGCUACUCAUCGGUUGGAACACUCAUCACCCCAUGAAAAAGUGGACGAUUGACGUGGGAUGGACAAGUACUUGGGUAAGGAUUGUAAACGAGUGGCUUGCGGUUUGCGUAUACAGUAAUUUGGAUGUUGGUGGCUCCAAUCGUACUGAAGAGCAAAAGACAAAGGACAAGUGGGACAUGAGAGAAAGAGAGAUUUUGGGUGAAACGACAAAGACUUUGUGGGAUAGAACUAAACCGACUAAUUCACCUACGACCAGGAUGAAAGGCAAACAUGGUCUCAUCUCAUGGGGUUGGUAG